GGCGGGCCGCGAGAGCGAGAGAGACAGCGCUAGAGUGCGCGGCGGAGUGACGCAGGCAGGCUGGGUCUCGCGCGUUGCGCUCACAGGGUCGCCACAGCAGGGAAAGGGCCUGUUCCGUCGACAUGUACCCGCUCGUCACCGCGGUGGCGGUGUUUGCGGCCGCGGCCCACCUGGCCGGAGCCUACCUGUCGUCGCCCAAGCAGGAGGCCAUGUUGACCGACGCGCUGUUGCGAGAAAUGUUAGACCCCAGUUACCUCGAUCUCGAAAGCGGCGGGCCGGUGCUGGCGAGCAGGAAUAUGAAGGACUUUGACGCGUUGGACUACGAGCUGGACAGUGCGCUGGGGCCCCUCAGCCCGCACCCCUCCACCAGGGACGGCGAGUACCUGCAGCACGCGCCGUCGCUGUGGGGGCACCAGUACCUCAGCGGAGGGGCUGGCGAAGGCAAGCAGCAGCUGCGCCCCGACGGCGCCAUCAAGAACAAGCACCAGGUGAAGACGGACGCCGCCCUGCCCGCGUACUGCACGCCGCCCAACCCGUGCCCCGUCGGCUACACCGCGGAUGACGGCUGCCUGGACCAGUUCGAGAACACCGCCGCCUUCUCCAGGGACUACCAGGCCUCGCAGGACUGCAUGUGCGACCAGGAGCACAUGUUCAAGUGCCCCUCGGCCAAGAACGGCCACACCGACGGCAGGAACGACAUCUCCGAGGACGACAUCGACCGCUUCGUGCACGAAUUCCAGGACAAAAACUCGAACAAAAUUGUCGCCAAGAAAUACCACGUCAAGAAGUCCUCCAACCCGUACCUCCAGGGAGAGCGGCUGCCGGUCGCCGCGAAGAAGGGCUUCAACGUGCAGUAACGUGCAAAAGGCCCAAGAAAACAACAUUUUAAUCGCGCGGUGCUGAAACAGCUUAUCAUCGCCAGGACACCCUGAUAAUAACUGUAAUAAGUUCUGUUUCCAUGUUUCAUUCGUUCUAGUGGGUCCCUUUUCCGUUUUUCCGUAUUCGUAUAGCCAAACUUAUUUGAAAAGUCGCAUUUCCCCCAUCAGCACCAGCAUAUCACUAGAUCAACCUUUAUCCCACGACUGGGACCGAGUAGCGAAUCGAAAUUCGGAGUACAUUUAAUUUAAGAUUAAGUUAGAUUUUCACGGGUCGAAUCAGGCCUCGAGAAUUUAUGCAACUGUAUUCCCAACAUGAGCAUAGUUUUUAACCGAAUAUGUUUAAAUUUAUAUUGCUUUUUAAUUUCUAGUCUUCCUCGUGAUUAAAUUUUGUAAAUUUUCGAGAUUUCUCGAUGGUUGAAAUCGCUGACACUCUCGUGGGUCCAGGACCGGGGGCAUUUACAUAGGGGCUCGCGUUUGAUUUUUUUUAGUUUCAUACUGUAUGCAAAUAAACUACGCAAAUACUCGCGGUCCAGGGAGAGCGUUCGUUUCACCAUCGAAGUCUCGAAAAUAUUCUUGUAGCCCAUGACUGAAUGUUUUUAUCGUCAGUGCUGCUUCGUUUGUAUUUUUUCGUUUUUCGAAGCGCAGGCGCAUGUUGUUCAUAUUUGAUAAAUUGGCUCUCGCAGUAGCCACACGAUUUUCUAAAAAUAAAAUUUACACUUCCCAGACAACGAAGUUUAUUUUUAGUUCGCACAAACAGAUAAAGCGCAAACUAAGCGACGAUGUAAACCAUUUCGAUUAUGCUGUUGGGCUGUGAUAGACGAAGACGAUGCUGGUUGUUUGACAACGAGAAAAGUAAAUAAACGUUUAUGUCGUCGCCA